UUCAACCUUUUCAUUUUGGGAAUUCUCUUCAACACCAACAAGCUCUAGUUUUACCUUUUUUCCCCUUUUUUUUCCCUCACAAAAUUUUCUCUUCAUUCUUCAUAUAUCAUUCCUAAACCUUGUAGUACAAAUCAUACAAAACAUAGAUUUUCACUUUCUUUCAUUGUCAUUACCACAUCACACACACAUAUGUAGUAAAUGAAAGAAAAGGAGAUGAAUUUGAAGACACAUAGUAAGAUGAGAUAUGAAGCAUUGAUCAGUGUGAUAGUUGGAGAGGUAAAUGAUGAGAAAUUGCAAGGGUUUGUGUCUGAUGCCAUAAUGGUUGACAAACGCAGAUUCAUCAUGCUUGCUCCAAAGAGAUCAUCCAUGUUCAGGCUUUGGACACUUCGACUUGCAUUUCUGAUUAUGCUUUGGACCAUUGCAGUUCAAUUCAGAAGCUUUGGUGACAUGGUAACACCUUCCAUGUUCAACACUCACUCUCUCUCCUCUCUACCACAUCAUAGGAUUUACGAGAAUAAUGGGUAUGUAAUGGUUUCUUCCAAUGGAGGAUUGAAUCAAAUGCGAGCUGGAAUAUGUGACAUGGUUACCAUUGCAAGAUAUUUAAAUGUUACACUCAUAGUUCCUGAGCUGGAUAAUACCUCCUUUUGGAAAGAUCAUAGCCAAUUCAAAGAUAUAUUUGAUGUGGAUUAUUUCAUCAAUUCUUUGAGAGAUGAGGUUCUAAUACUGAAACAGCUUCCACCCCAACAAAAGCACAAGAUGAAAACAGGGUCCCUUUCUUCCAUGCCACCCAUAAGUUGGUCAAACAUGUCAUAUUACUAUGAUGUGAUUCUUCCCAGGAUAAAAGCUCAUGGGGUAGUACACUUCACUAAAUCUGAUGCAAGACUUGCAAAUAAUGGAAUUCCUGAGGAAGUUCAAAAAUUUAGGUGCCGGGUUAACUACCAUGCUUUGAGAUUUGUUCCUCCGAUUGAGCAAUUGGCCAGGAAGAUUGUGAAGAUUCUUAAGGAGAAAGGGCCUUUCUUGUCACUUCAUCUUAGAUAUGAAAUGGACAUGAUUGCUUUCAGUGGCUGCAAUGAAGGAUGCAACAAGGAAGAGAUUGAUGAGUUAACAAAAAUGAGAUAUUCUUAUCCAUGGUGGAAAGAGAAAGAGAUAGAUUCUGAGAAGAAAAGAAGAGAUGGUCUUUGUCCUCUGACACCUGAGGAAACUGCUCUAACACUAAGUGCACUGAACAUAGAUAGUAAAAUUCAAGUUUAUAUUGCAGCUGGAGAUACAUACAAAUCAGCAAAAAGAAUGGCAAGUCUGAAAGAAGCCUUCCCAAACCUGGUUAAGAAGGAAACAAUAUUGGAACCCUCAGAACUUGAUCCUUUCCGAAACCAUUCAAAUCAAAUGGCAGCAUUGGAUUAUUACGUGUCAAUAGAGAGUGAUAUAUUUGUACCGUCUUACCAAGGGAACAUGGCUAAACUGGUUGAGGGCAACAGAAGGUACUUGGGAUUCAAGAAGACAAUUGUUUUAGACAGAAAAGUUUUGGUUAAUCUGAUAGAUGAGUACAAAAAUGGGAGCAUAAGUUGGAAGCAGUUCUCGACGUCAGUGAAGGUAGCUCAUGCAGAACGUAUAGGGAAGCCAAGUACAAGAUCAGUGGUGUCUGGAAAACCCAAGGAAGAGGACUAUUUCUACACAAACCCACAAGAAUGCUUGCCACCAGUUAAAGGACCAUAAUUAACUUAACAUCUCAAGCUGAAAAUUUUAUGCUAGUACAGUGGAAAAGAUUCACUAACAUAAGGAUCACACUGAUUUGUCUUUUGGAUAUUUAACCUUGAAAACUUAGCGCAGAGUAAGGUGAAAUUGGAGCAUAUUGUGUAAUCAUAGAUGUAUAGUUAAAUUCAGUCACUCUGGUAUGAAAUAAUAUCUUAAUUACACUUAUUCCAUCUAUAAACAACUCGCCCUCUUUACUAGUAUA